AUGAACUUCCUUUCCACUUCCAAUUCAUCACCAUCAACAUCCAAAUUGAAUACUACUUCUUUACAUCCGCAUCCACCUAAACAAUCACCCACAUUAUCACAUCUGGUCUCAAAUUCAGCAUCCCCUUCACCCACAUCUUCGACCUCUUCCUAUUUGUCAUACUUUGACAAUAGGUCCUUUGGUGGUGAAAGAAGGGAAUCCGCCUGCAGCAAUACAAGCUGGGGCAGUAUGGGUGAAACACCUUCAUCCAAACCUCCAGACAAGGAAGAUAUAUCCAUGGAAGAGGAGAAACCUAUCAACCCUCGAAUGUUAUCCGACAAAUCUAUCAAUUCCGUAUUCUCCUCAGGUUCAGGUAGCUCAUCAUCUGCCUCACCUGAUCCUAAAUUAUCCACUCCGGAAUUAUCCUCGUCAACAGAGAAGAUUCCUCCUUUCCUCACCGCUCACAACAACGUCAAUCAGAUUUCACCAUCAAGCUCGACCGCAUCCAAGGGAGAAUGUACACCUCGAGCUGAACUCCCACCUCCUGUAUGGCCACAUGCAUCAUCGUCUUCCCCAGCAAGGAAGUCAGAUUACUACGAAGAACCAUCCGCGAUGGCCAGCAACGGGGACGAAUCACGAAGCUCAACAACCAGGAAACCAUUACUGAGGAGGAAUGGUAGUUGGAGAAGGAAACAUGCCAGCUUGGAUACACCUCCGACUGCACCACAUUUAGAUCCUGGUUUCCCCGGAUUCACAGCACUCAAACAUACACCUCCUCUUGGUCCUGCCAUCUCCGCACCUGCACCUGCACCUGCGCCUAGUCAAACACCCUCCCACAACCUCUAUACUCAACCUGAAGGUAGACUCGCCCCACCUCAAUCUACAAAUGGGAAUGGUCCUGAUGCGAUUUCACCUGACGUCAGAAGGUUGUCCGGUGAAUCGUUCCGUUCGACUGGAAGUGGAAAUAGCAUAGUUGCCCAAUCACCCACGACAGGAUGUGAGAUUUCCGCACCUAAAGCACCCCCCGCUGGAUACCCUUUACCAUCUGUAAAUGGUAUGCAGCGAAGGUUUUCAGUCCCCGAACAGUUCCCUUCGCCAUCUUCAAGUACUAGUAUGAGUACGACCUCGACCUCCGCUUCUUCCUCUUCAUCAUCUUCAAAUGGAAGUAAUAGUAACAAAUCGCCUAACCCUCUUCCUCCUCCACCCAGAUGGGCUUGUCCACCUGCAAAGACCAAUGCUGUAUCGGGAAGAGCUCUGUCCUUCGGCUCGAGUCAAGAUAGACCGGAUGUCAGUUUUGACGAUUUUGAUCCUGAGUUAUUUGAAGGUUCGGAAAACGAAUGGAUAGAAAUUAUUAAAGGCGCAGAAGGUAGGAUAGCGAUUAAGAGUACACCUCAUCUUUAUGAUAUAAUGGUUUGGUUACCUGGUUUCUCACUCGAUAAUAUCACGAUUGCCACGAGAGGAACUAGGACUAUUCAUAUCGUUGCUGAUCAAUGGGAUGAGGGAGAUCAUGCUCAAUGGGAUAUCAAAUUGGGUGAAGAUGCCAAUUUGAAAUCUGUCAAUGCUAAAUUCACAGGGAAAGAACUUCGUGUGACUGUCGCUCGAGAGCAAAGAUUUACGAAUCCUCGACUCAUGCGAAUGUCGUCUUCGAAUAGAACUUCAUUCAACUCCGCUUUCUCUGCGCCUAGCAUCACAGCUACUUCGGGCCAUAAUCCCCUCGAACGAGCUACAGUCACUCGAUAG